CGAUCCAGUCCUUUUUAAUAUCAGUUGUUGUUGCGGCGGCAAUCAAGGGGCGAAACUGUUGCUGUUGUGGUGUUAAUGAUCAAUAAUAAAUGUUAAAGAGCGUCUAAAUUUAUUUUUCCACAAAGAGGGUAUGUCAUUAUUCAAAGGUUAAGGUCAUUACUGUCAGCAGAACACGAUACAUCUAUAUUGGAUGUCUUAAGCCGGUUAGGACAGCGAAGCUUCAACAAUUGAGGGAUGCAACAUUUUUUGGCUGUCGUCAUUUAGGCCACUGGCUCAACGAGGCUUGUCUAGAAUCACGAAAACAUAUUAUCAAAGGUGGUCAAGCUUCUUGUAGCCACGUAGGUUAGAGCAAAAGUCGAUUAAUGCAUUUUCAAUUUGAUAAUGGACGCCGAUACUGACAGUAUACAGUCAUUCUUGAGUUCCACGAAAAAGGAAAUCGAGAAGAUAAUUGCAUUGAACAAUGAAAAGAAAAAAUCUAUUCAUAUUGUGAUUGGAAAUGAAUCUGGUGACCUUGAUUCUGUUGUUGCUGCUAUUGUGUAUUCAUUUCAUAAGCAGAAACAGGCAGGAGCCAGCUGCAGCACCUUAUUUGCUCCAAUUUUGAACUUCCUUGAGAAAGAUAUGGUUCUAAAAACUGAAGUUAAUGCAAUUUUCGAAAGACUUGGGUUACAGAUAGCAGAUUUGUUACUUUUUAAAGAAUGCCUCUCGAGACUUUUGCAUUCCAAUUCUAUUUCGGAAGUUACUCUCGUGGAUCAUAACAUGCUAAGUGAGGAUCUAAAACACUUGAGAGACUGUGUCACGGAGGUCAUAGAUCAUCACGUGGACACAAAGUCAUUUGAAGAGUCUUGUGUUGCCAAAACAAUCGAGUUGGUUGGGUCAUGCUGUACUCUGGUUGCAGAAAAGAUUUACAACCACGCUGAAGAUUUGUUUAAAGAGUUUCCUGUCGCUGAGUUGCUGCUCUCUGCUAUCUUGCUUGACACAGUCAAUUUAAAGACCGGUGCCGGAAGAACGACCGUCAAGGAUGUCGAAUUUGCUGAAGAUCUAGAAACGCAUUCGAAAAUCCCCCAGGAAGAGCUGUUUGAAAUUGCACAAAAAGCAAAAUAUAACAUUUCCCAUUUGCCAACGCGAGACAUUCUUAGAAAGGAUUUCAAGGAAGUUCAACUGGAUGACGAGACAAGAUUCGGCAUUUCAAGCAUCACAAUGGAAGCUGGUAAUCUUCUUUCGAGAGAAAAUGCAGUUGAGGAUAUUCAGUCGUUCUGUAAACGUAACUGCCUUGCCCUUUUGUUACUAAUGUUUAUUCACUGCGAUAAAGAAGAAGCAAAGCGGGAUCUUGUUAUAUACAGUAGUGACCAGGCCCUGCGGGAAACAUUCUUGCGGUAUUUGCUCGGAAUGGAAGAGUUGAAAUUGGAAAAAGCCAAGUUCAGCUGCUCUUUAAUCGAUUUUUUAAAUCAGGGAGACCCGAAAUACUCGCGGAAACUAUUGAUGCCAUUUGUGAUGAACUUCUUCAAGAGAAAAUUCGCACAAUACCAGGGUGAAAAUAACAACACAACAGUUACUUUACAAUCAGAUACAAGUGGGAUGAUGUCAUUACAAAGCAAUGCUCGAGCAACUUGCUCGGUUAGUAGAAAACGAAACAGCUCCUCUGACCACAACGAAGUCGACCAGACAGAACUAAGAAGGCAAUCAGCAAGCCCGUCUGAAGAGCAGUGUGAGGACUUCAGCAAUGAUUGGAACAAAAAGGGUCCAUCUUACUCAAAGGUCGCUGAGGCAAACUCGCCGUGUUCUGAAUCUCAUGACGUCGACAGCCAAUCAUCUUUAGAAGAAACGUUGCCGACGCAGCCUGAGCCUAGCUUCAGGGCUGCUUUGGAGGAGGCGUACACAGAGAUGGACAAUGGCAUUGACCAGCCGUCUCUAGAGUUUGAAGACAAUUGGAAAUCGGAAAUGUAUGACGUGAAAUCUCCAGUGAGCAACGACCCAGUGUCUGGUCAAAAGCAUAAAAUUAUCAUCCACGAUUUGUCAUUUGAUGACAACGGUCCGUUCUCCGAACUGUCAGGAAUCGAUUUACUGUGUCCUGUUUUUCUAGCUGUAACAGAAGAUGACGAAGAUGACGACGUCGUGCUCAAAGAUAUUCGCCGUAAAACCAAGUCCAUCGAGAACCUAUGCAGUGCACUAGAUGAAGAUCAAGAUUUCCCAUUAAGGCGGACAAAGUCAGAGCUACCAUCAAAAUAUCAAAGAAAAGCGAAGAAGUCUCCCGGGAUGGGGAAACAAAAGUGGAGAACAUCGUUAUCAGAACAGAGAAAGAUUGACAGAAACGAUUCAAUUCAAGAGGAAGAGCACGACAUGGUUGUGGAAAAUCCAUUCUCAGGAGAUCGAGAGUUCAGUGAUGAGAGUGAGGCGCGCUCCUCGGUGUCUUCUUCUGGCUUUGAUUCAUCGCCCAAACAGUAUGAAAGCCCCAGCAAACUAGUCCAAAGAUUCUCCUUCUCAGAGGACGAGGAAAUGGGCCGAGCUGAUGUUGCCAGCUGUUCCUGUGCUGUAAACGAUGAAGGCGAAUGGGCCAAUCAAAUUGGCUGUGAGAAGCACGUACCAGGAUUAUGGGACAGAUUCGUAUCAGUUUCUGUUGGCGGUUUGUUGCGUGUCAUCGAUUUGAAGCUGAUUGAUCCGUUUAUCAAAAUAAUUACGCAUGGAGGUAUUCAUGAAUGUCGCAACGAAAAGAGGGUGGUUAUGGUAUUCACAGCUGCUUUUUUGCCUGCAAAAUACAUUCCAAAAUACGAAAUUGUCAUGGAACAGCUAUUUUACUACGCUGUGCACACUAUCGAUCUUUCUGUUCAAGAAAACUACGACAUCGUUUACUUCAAUUCCCACGGAUCCAAUCAGCCUGGUCUUGACUGGCUUAAGAAGUGUUACGAUAUGGUGCAGCGCAGAUUGAAAAAAACCCUGAAUACGCUGUACAUUGUCCACCCUGAUCUCUGGCUCAAGACUGUCCUCCGAUUCUACAAGCCGUUUAUCAGCUCAAAAUUUUCACGUACGAUAAAAUUCGUCAAAUCUCUGCACGAACUGCGAAGAAGUUUAUCCCUGGAGUAUAUUUUCAUCCCAGAUGAAGUUAAGAGAAAUGAUCCAGAAGCCUCUUACUGGUUGAUCAGGUAAGUUUUCUGCCUCCAAAUCGUUUUUGCGAAGAAGAACAGUUCUGUUUCAUUUCUCUGGUGCUUCCGUUGGCCUUCAACCACUUAAAAUUUAUCCACUUCAUGUCGCCCUUUGUUUCUUAAAAAAGUCAAAGGGCUACAUUUGCACGUAUCAAAAAAGGUCUCAGCCAAGUGAAUGAUUUUCCUCUGGUCUUGAAGAAAUAUAUCUCAAACUGUUCUUUGGCAUCAAUAUCAUUUCAAACAAAUUGGAGGUUUUUUCUUAAGUUCUCAAUUAAAGCCUUUUUGCUAGUCAAAGUGUAACUGCAGCUAUUCUGAAUUUUAGUAGUAAAGAUGUUUAUACGCAAUCUGGGAAUAAUAUUGAUAUUUAUAUAACGUUUAAACUAUACACAAAUAAUUUGGGUCUUUACAUUAAUAACGCUUCUAAUAUUUAGAUUAAUUAUGCUGCUUAAUGAGAUCUCAGGCUAUAACCUUGGUUCCAUUGAUGUCUCAGCAGAUUCGGGUGAAAAUUGAAUCAAUUUCUAGAUCUUAAUGUCUAAGGAAUUUCCUUUUAAUCUUUGUAGCCGAACCUCAAUUGAAAAAGGGAACCAAUCAUUAGAAAUCUCUAAUUAGUUAGCUUUUUCUGAACUUUGAUAAAUGAACAGAAAGCUAAAUUUUGGUGUUCGCAGAUAGCAAUGUAUAUAAGUAUGGAGGCCCUGUGCUAGCUCUCCUUUACCUGUCCUUUUCAUAUACCACAAACCAAGUAACUGAUUUCCUAGAACCACAUGACCACUACGCAAGAUUUCACGUGCUGGUUACUAUUGUAUCAGCGAUUUCAUUGUUCGAUUUGCGCGAUGCAGGUCUCCUAUGUGCUAGGACAGGGUCUUUCAUUCAAUUAAUGUUGCGUAGAAAUGAAUUUUUAAAUAUGAAUUUCAAAUUGUUGGAUUUGAUUUGAUAACGACUUUGAAAAGUAUCAAUUGUAAUAGUGGUUGGGUUUUAAUUUUAACAAUGGGUUUGGUAAAGAAUUUCAUAUUUAAUACAUCGCUUUCGAAUAGUGAAUUGAAUAAUUUUGCAUUCAGACUAUAUUUAUAUAUUUAAUGGGACGUUUCUUGGUUUUAAAUGUAACAGGUUUUCGUAACCGUGAAUAUUUUGAUAGGAAAAUAACUAGCAUGCAGGCCAUACUUUUUUAAUGACGUUAAUGUUCAAGAAUGCAUUUGUAGUUUCAUGGCUUCGUGUUUCUCGCGGUCUCUCGCGGUCUCUCGCGAUCUCUCGCGGUCUCUCGCGGUCUCUCGCGGUCUCUCGCGGUCUCUCGCGGUCUCUCGCGGUCUCUCGCGGUUUCUCGCGGUUUCUCAUCUUUUCAUAGAAUGAACCAAUGUACAACACUGCCAGGUUUCUGUAACCAUUCUAUCUAAACACCAGCAGUUCAUGUAUUCAGUUUAUUGAUUGUUAGUGCAUGUUUAGCACAAAACUAAAACUAGCAGCUAAGGUUUCCGAGAUGCGGCUUACAAACAGAAAGAUGAUUCCUAGUAGGUUCAAUCCAGGCAGAUAUAAAGCAAAGUUAAACUAAAUUGAAGAAGAAGAAGUAUCCGCUUAAACUAGAAAAGGGUUGUUGAUGUUCCGCCCGAAGUUUGAAAAAUAGAUUCGAGUUGCUUGGAGCUUUUCAUUAUUUCGGUUUAACUGAAACUUGUGACUCUGUCUUUGGGCAGCUAAUUGGCAGUGCUAUUGUCAUCAGGGGCGUCACUUCAUACAUUUUGUUGGGAGAGGUUGGCUGCAUAUUUGCACUGCAGAAAAAUUUUGCCCUGGCAAAAAUGUUGAAAAUUUGAGAAACUGGCUCUCGGUUCCCUAACACUAAAUAAUUCUCAAAGAAAGUCAUACCCACUUAGGCCCCUCGCUUGCUGUGUCCACAGGUUCACCGAAGUUCAAACUUUGGGAGACGAGCAAGAACAUGUUUUUUAAUGAGAGUGGCAACCUUCCAUCCUGGAGUCUAAGAGAGGAUGCGCUCAUUUUUUUACAACACACAUUAAAAGUCAUUAUGGGGAAACUGUUAUGCUGCAUAUUAAGUACAACAAAUGGUGAUAUUUAUUCUCAAACAUAAUUAUACUGCUUUCAAAACAAUGUAGGAAUUUUUUGCCAUCUAGGGGUGCUUCUUCGGUGAACUUUCAAACUUAUUGGCAAAUACAAUAUGUCUUACAAACUUUGUUGGCAAAUAAGGUUUGAACACUUCCCUAGAGCGCAAUAGCUAGCAAUUGCACUGCUUACACCCUAAUAAUUUAAGAACAAAUUAAGAACAAUCUAGCCUCAAAUUUUCAAAAUAAUUAAGAACAACCAGCCAGACCUUUAAUUUACUGGUUCUUAUAAAAAAAGAGUUUAAUGGUAAAUUUUAUUACCCUCUCUUAAGGCACGGCAGUGAUGACACUAAUUGCCCCCAAAUUAUGUCAACAUAUUCAUGACAACAAUAGAACAGCAUAUCUUGAGCAAUGUCCCGAUGGGGCGUAGCCUAAUUUUUUGAAAAAUAUAUUAUAUGCUGAUCGAAUGAAAUUUUAUCAGAGCUAAUUUCACGAGGGAUGUUGUAGAAUUUGAUUUCGCUAGGAGUUCACAUUUUAGCUUAUUUUAUAUUAUUCUCAUUUGGGUGUCAAUUGUCAUGCUUCAAUUUAGUAUUUAAGUCCAUAUGUGUUUCUUUGAUGCCACUGGGAAUAAUAGAGAAGAACGAGUUCUGUAGUUUGUGCUUUUGCACGAAAGUGUGAAUCCCUUGACUCGGAUGGAUGUAUUAAAUUUCCUUGGUUCGGGAUUAUCGUGCUUAUUUCAUAUGCUGUUUACACCCAGCCUCUUCUCGCCACUGUGUUUGGCUCAGGCUUGCUAAUAAAGAGGUGACUGACGAAGUAUGAGUACCUCUACUGGCUACCAGGUAUGUUUACCAGGCUGUUUUAGAAAUACUUUGAUGUCUAUAGCUUGGUCUCCUGCAGUGAAAUUUAAUACGUAUUUUAGACAGAGAAUUUUGUAGAAAAAAUAGCGAACUGCCUAACCUCAAAUUUUAUUUCACAUACCAACUAAAUCGACCAUGGAUAAUUCAAAUUCAAGAUGGGCCAAAGGAAAUUUACACCGGAAGUUGCUUGUCUUUGAUGACGUCAUCAAAAAUUCAUCCAAAUUCUUCAAAAGUCAGCCAAAGACUUGACCUCAACUUUUAUUUAAUUUUUCAACUAAAUAAACUAUCCAGAUUUAAAAUCCAUGAUUGAAUGGAAAAUAUUUUAAACAAAAGUCAAACUUUUUGAUGACGUCAUCAACUUAGGAAAAUUCACUUUGAACCGCAUUAAUUGUUUUAUCGCAACUAUUUCUGUCAACGAAGUUCCAUACUUGCAUAGCACAUAUUCAGUGCUUUUGAAGAAUGCAUAGAAUUACUAUUUUUCUUACUUCUAAUCGCUUUUGCAUGACGUUAUCAUCAUUUUAUGACGUCAUAAUCCUUCACAAGUAAUUGGAAACCAUGGGUGAGUGGGCCUAAAAAUGUUUCAAUAGUAGAAAAUAACUGGACAGAAAUAACUGAAAAUAACAAUGCCUACAUUUCGUCUCAAUGUUUACAUUUCGUGAGUUUGUAAAAUAUGCCCUGAGAUAACUGUUCGGUAUUUGGCUGUGAAACAUGCCGAAGAACUAAAGGAAUUGGAAUUUUCAAACUACCAUCGGCGAGAGAUGAUUUUAAAAAGAAAUGGAGAGCAGAUCUUCUUAAUGAAGUAACAAGGAGCAGAGAAAUGGACGCAGCAUUUAGGACACAAAUUCUCUGUUCCCCUUUAUUCGCGCGACGCGCAAUGCAUUGUGGAUCUUAUGGUUAAGCGUGCGUUGUUUACAUUCGCGUUUCUAUUGCAGUAGUAUACAGUUUUGAUCGCCAAUCGGGUACCAAAAUGGAUUCUAGUGCAGCUUUUGAUAAAUUGUCAUCUCUUUCGAGUGCUGAAUCUGACCCCAGUUUUUUUAAGCUCACGUGCGGGUCAAGGAAUGCUUUCGAGGGACACAGAAACAAGGUUUCCGACGGUCAAUUCACCCACCGGGGGUUUUGGCCCAAAUGGAAAAAGUCAAGAUGAUUUUGUCGACCCAGGGACGUAAAUUGCCAGAAAUUUUUUGGGGGGUGAAGGGCUCAAAAAUUCCGACUGACAAAGGUCAAUUCUAAUUUUGUAUGAGGGCCUAAACUUUAAUAGUCUUUUACCAACAAAACCUUAUAUAUUGUCUCGUUAAUAAUUUUUCAGCUGUAUGGUAAAAUUUCUAGAUUUUGUAAAUUUGGAAGAUCGAGCAUAAAGACUGUUAGUUUUAUUAGUGCAUCAAAACAUACAUAGUCCAAAAAUCAGGUGUUAAUUUUUUCUCCUUCUACGACUUACCCAUUGUUCCACUAUCUGAUCUAAAUUUACGUUUUCCAAAAUGUCUUUCUCACAAGUAAGAAUCAUGAGGUCG